UAUUUCUGAGCCGUUUCUCAGUCAUGAAAAACUUUAACAUUUUGUUAUUUUGCUCUCUGCUCUAUGUACAAACAAGCUCAAUGUGCCAGCUGCUUAGAACAUUUGAAAUGCCUAACAUUUUUAAAGUAGGGGACAUUAUGAUUGGGGGAAUUUUCCCCAUUUUCAAUAAACAAGAAAAUAUAAUUGGCUCUUUUGAGAGAAACAUGCAAAGGAUUAAGUGCACGGGAUUUGACCUACGUGCAUUUCGUUGGAUUCAGUCAAUGAUGUUUGCAGUGGAUGAAAUAAAUAAAAAUGAGGAGUUGCUUCCUCACAUUUCUUUGGGCUAUAAAAUAAUGGAUUCUUGUGCUUCACCCACGAACGUUUUACGAGCAGUAUUCUCACUGGUAAGUGAGCAGAAGGAGCAGGAAUUUACAUCUCAGUGUCACCUUCCACUUACAGCUCUUGUUGCUGAAUCAGGAUCUUCACAGUCUUUAGCUGUUGCCGGAAUGCUUGGACCAUUUAGAGUGCCCAUGGUAAGUUAUUUUUCAACAUGUGCGUGUCUCAGUGAUAGAAAAAAAUAUCCAUCAUUUUUCCGCACAAUUCCAAGUGACUUCUACCAAGCAAAAGCUUUGGCCUCUCUGGUAAAACAGUUUGGAUGGACUUGGAUUGGAGCUUUGCAGUCUGACAAUGAUUAUGGGAGAAAUGGAAUUUCAGCUUUCACAAAGGAAGUGGAAAAAAUGGGAGUUUGCAUUGCAUUUGUCGGCACUAUAUUAAGAACAUAUCCCCAAAGUAAAAUCACUGAAGUGGUAGAAAUGAUCAAAGAAUCGACAGUAAAAGUCAUCCUGGCAUUCGUGCCAGAGGGAGAUCUCUAUCCUCUAAUGAAAGAAGUUGUGAACCGGAAUAUCACAGGAAUCCAGUGGAUUGCAAGUGAAGCCUGGGUAACAGCAGCAAGACCAUCUACCCCUGAAAUGUUCAAGUCAUUUGGAGGCACCGUAGGAUUUGUGGUCAGAAAGAUGGCUAUGUUAAAACUAAGACCUUACCUGGAAAACAUCAGUCCCUACUCUCCUACACAAUCAGCUUUCGUCAGUGACUUCUGGGAAACAGUUGUUGGCUGUAAACCAUGUCUGAACUGUGAGCCAUCUGCAAAUAGCACACUCAAUGGCCAAAUGUGCACUGGACAGGAAAAACUAACGUUUACAGACAAAUUUUUCGAUGUAACACAAGUAAGAGUGACAUAUAAUGUGUAUCAAGCUGUCUAUGCAAUUGCACAUGCAAUUCACAAAGUGCUUUAUUGCCAAGGAGAUAACAAUCUUUCAAAAAUGUGCUUAAAUGUAUCACAGAUAACACCUAAACAGGUCAGCGAUCAGUUGGAAAGAGUGAAUUUUAUAGAUGAAUAUGGAGAAAAUGUGUUCUUUGAUGAGAAUGGAGACCCGCCUGCAUCAUAUGAGCUCAUAAACUGGCAGCUAAAUCAGGGAGAGGUGCAACAUGUGACUGUGGGCUAUUUCAGCAAAUCCCCAGAUGGAACAUAUAAACUUACAAUUAAAGAGGAUAACGUCCACUGGAGCACAGAAAAUUUGAUACCCAAAGCAGUGUGCUCAGACACCUGCCCGAAAGGCACAAGGAAAGCACAAAUAAAAGGUCGGCCUGUUUGCUGCUUUGACUGCAUCCCAUGUGCUGAUGGUUCAAUAUCAAAUACAACCGGAGCAGCAGACUGCACUCUUUGUCCUAAAGAAUACUGGUCAAAUGAAAGACGGGACAAGUGUCUUGUGAAAACAAUAGAGUUUCUGUCGUAUACAGAAACAAUGGGAAUAAUUCUCACUGCUCUAUCGCUAUUUGGAGCCAGUCUUACAGUUGCAACUAUGAUUGUCUUCAUACACUAUAGAGAAACACCAAUAGUGAAAGCUAACAACUCAGAGCUGAGCUCACUAUUACUCUCUUCGUUGUUCUUUUGUUUCCUUUGUCCUCUUACAUUCAUUGGUGAGCCGACACAUUGGUCAUGUAUGCUACGUCAUACAGCUUUUGGGCUUACUUUUGCUCUCUGCAUUUCUUGUGUUUUGGGGAAGACCAUAGUAGUUGUCACAGCUUUCAGAGCCACAUUACCAGGAAAUAAAUUGUCUGGUAAGUUUGGGCCAGUACAACAAAGAGCCAUCGUGUUCUUAUGCACUGCGAUUCAAAUAGUGAUCUGUGCUUUAUGGCUUCUAAUAAAGCCACCAUUUCCUGACAAGGCCCUCAGGUAUGACCAUAAAAAGAUCAUUUUAGAGUGCAACACUGGCUCGGAUGCUGGAUUUUAUGCAGCUUUAGGAUAUGUUGGCCUUCUGUCAACAAUCUGUUUGAUUUUAGCAUUUUUAGGAAGAAAACUUCCUGAUAAUUUUAAUGAGGCCAAAUUCAUCUCAUUCAGUAUGCUCAUAUUUUGUGCUGUUUGGGUAACAUUUAUACCUGCAUACAUUAGUUCACCUGGCAAGUACACUGUUGCGGUGGAGAUUUUUGCCAUUUUGUCAUCUGCCUUUGGAUUGUUGCUAUGUAUAUUUGCACCAAAAUGUUUCAUUAUUCUCAUUAAACCAGAGAGAAAUACUAGAAAGCAUGUCAUGGGGAAAUCAAAGACUAGUCUCUGAGGUUUCUAAUUGAAAAAUAAAUAAAUAAAUAUAUUAACAGUUCAAAUAUGCUGCUGUAGAGGCUUGGUGAGGCUUCAACAAGCAGUGCUUCACAUGUACUGAAAAUAUCUGUUUAGAUAAUGAUCAAUACAUUUUUAAAUCAGUCAUCACGGAGUAUCAGACCAACUGCAACAAUACGUUACUGAAGACAUUUUUUAUUCCUAAAUAAAUAAAAAAACUUUUAUUGUGAUUUAUUGGGUUAUCACUUUUGAACAAUAGGUGGCGGUGUCACAUAAUUGAAUGUGUUCCGUAAUGAGUUGAUAAUGAGGCACAGAGAGCUGAAUAUACAGUCUUAAUUGCACUUUGGCAACAAACGAUCAAACUUAUUUACAUGUAUUCAACCAAUGAGAUUCAAUGUAUUAUAAGUAAAUUCUUUUUUUAUUUUACCAGUGUUAAAGAACAAAAGAUUUGUGAUGUACUUCGGUAUUUAAAAUAAAACACACUUAUUGAUGAAUGUUUAUUGAUUUUGAAAGACCUGUGAGGCUCAUUAAUGAUUAUUCAAGCAUGAAAAAAAUAAAACAACAACAUUACCAUAUA